GCCAAUCACGUGGACUCCCCGCUACAUUAGCACAGCUCUGGCAAAACAACAUCUCCCUCACUUUGUAUCUUUGUUCGAGCCACAAACCAAAGGCUGGAAAAAUGUCAAAUUGACGCAAGCUUGUAUUAUUUUGGUGGAUGUUGUAGCUGCCUGGGUGUCGGUCUCGGCCGAGGUCAGAGUUGCUUCUAGCUGGUAGUUAAAUAUCUGCUCCUCCCGAGAAAGAUGGGCUCCAUCCUGAGUCGCAGAAUCGCUGGUGUCGAGGAUAUCGAUAUCCAGGCCAACUCGGCCUAUCGAUUUCCCCCGAAAUCUGGGAAUUACUUUGCCAGCCAUUUCUUCAUGGGGGGAGAGAAAUUUGACACACCUCAUCCAGAGGGAUACCUCUUUGGGGAAAACAUGGACCUGAAUUUUCUUGGAAAUAGGCCAGUGCAGUUUCCGUAUGUGACGCCUGCACCUCAUGAACCUGUGAAAACCUUGAGGAGUCUUGUUAACAUCAGGAAGGACUCUUUGCGCUUAGUGAGGUACAAGGAUGAAUCUGAUCCGUUGGUGGAGGAAGGUGGAAAACCAAAGGUUCAGUACAGUGUGGAGUUCACCUUCGAUGCCGAUGCUCGGGUAGCCAUCACCCUCUACUGCCAGGCGUUUGAGGAGUUUUCUAACGGGAUGCCUGUGUACACUCCGAAGGAUCCAUCCAUGGUGUCUGAAACGGUGCAUUACAAGCGAGGUGUGAGCCAGCAGUUCUCCAUGCCAUCUUUCAAAAUUGAUUUCACCGAGUGGAAAGAGGAAGAUCUGAACUUUGACCUAGAUCGAGGAGUGUUUCCCAUGGUAAUCCAGGCCGUGGUUGAUGAAGGGGAUGAUUGUCUUGGUCAUGCUCAUGUACUGUUGGCAGCCUUUGAAAGACAUGUUGAUGGCAGUUUCUCCGUCAAGCCACUGAAGCAGAAGCAAAUUGUGGACCGUGUGAGCUACCUCUUACAGGAGAUCUAUGGGAUCGAGAACAAAAACAACCAAGAAACUAAGCCUUCUGAUGACGAGAACAGUGACAACAGCAAUGAGUGUGUUGUUUGUUUGUCCGACCUGCGAGAUACACUCAUCCUGCCCUGCAGACAUUUGUGUCUCUGCAACUCCUGCGCGGACACUCUGCGUUACCAGGCCAACAACUGUCCCAUCUGCAGGCUGCCUUUUAGAGCCUUGCUGCAGAUCAGAGCUGUGAGAAAAAAGCCUGGAGCUCUUUCUCCCGUUUCCUUCAGUCCCGUUCUUGCACAGACUAUGGACCACGACGAGCAUUCAAACUCUGAUUCGGUUCCUCCUGGGUUUGAACCCAUCUCACUGUUGGAGGCCCUGAACGGUCUGUGCUCAGUGUCUCCUGCCAUCCCGUCCGCCCCCCUGUAUGAUGACAUAAACUUCUCUGGGGGUGUGGGAGGUGAAAGCCGACAGCUGAGCUCACCGGAGCAUUUAAGUGAUGGAGGUCUGCAGAAAGGCAAAGUCAGCAAGUCACCUGACAGCACCCUCAGAUCUCCAUCCUCUCCCAUCCAGGAGGAGGAUGAGGAGAAACUGUCAGAGAUGUCUGACGCUCAGCCACACGCACUUCACUCCAGUAGCCCCGCACCAACCGAGGGCACAGCGACCGAGGAUGUGGUGGAAUCUCUGUCCCCAGAUGACGAGGACAGGAUGCAUUCUGGAGGAGACAUCCUGCAGGACUGCAGCAGUGAACACUGCAGCUUGACCAAAACAGAGAGUGACCCAGCGGGUGAUCUGUCCUUGCCUGGAUCAUCGGAGUCAACAGAAAGUCUGAAAAGUCAGAGCACAAACUGCUCCAGCCAGCCUCUUCUGUGUCCCACGGGGAGCCUUCAUAUGGAAGACGAACACCUCAACCACUGACUCAGACCCAGUUUUGCUUCACAAAGGUCACCAGUCCCUUCAUUACUCUCAUCCACGUCCCAAAUACUCCCUCCCCCCCAGCCAGUGCUCGUGUGAUGAGAGCAGACGGAG